AGCUUUGUGGUUGCAUAGAGACAGCUCUGUCUGACAUCAAUGUCCAAAUUCAAACGAGCCCUGGGAACCUUUGGACUUGCAAACAGAACAGGGGGUGAACUCUGUCUGAAAAGCAGCCUCUUUUGCUGUUUUCAAACUACAAAAAAAUUUAACAGCUUCUACAUUGAAUUUUUUUUUACAACAGGGACCCCUCAAGGAGACUACGAUGUCUAUUCAGCCAACAAGUUAUUUGGAGUGAUUCAAUGGCACUCGGGUGCGGCUCAAAGAAGUCUGUUUCAUGUGACGAGGAGGUUACACCUGCUACUCUGAGCAAUGAGGUAGGAACUGCUGCACCAAAUGUAGCUCUACCAAGAAAGAAGACACAGACCUGCAAGGGCUUGCUUGCCUCCCUCCUCGUCCUUAUCAUCAUCUUCAUAGUUCUAGCAGCCACACUGGCCUGGUACUUCCUAGAAUACAGGGUUUGGACUUUAGAGCCCCGGGUCCAGCAGCAGUACACAGCUUACUUAACAAUCCUCAACAGGAACUUCUCCACAGAUCUGUCCUUUCACAAUAGCCCUACGUUUAAGAAUGAAGCAAAACAUGUACAGAACACGUUGAAGAAGAUCAUGAAAGCUUCAUCUCUUUCCAAAUACUUUAACUACACCACUGUCUUCGCAUUUGGGCAGGGGAGCGUGGUGGCUCACUUUUGGAUUGUGCUGUCUGUGCCCAGCAGUCACACUGGGAAAGUCACAGUAGAAAAGGUCAACAGAACCCUGGUGGACGGCUUCAGGUGGUACGACGGAUCAAAGCAGGAGGAAACAGCAUAUUUUGAUGGCUACCUGUUCCACCUCCCUACAUUGUUUGUUAGUGAAACGGACACCAAAGUUAUAGAGCUUUUGACAGCUUCGUUCGAUUGUUACCGUUAUCAGAAGGUGGUGUCCAGCAGUCCCGUGGCCCUCCAUGGUCCUGAAACAUUUCGUCCCUCCUGUUUGUGGCAUCUCCAGGCUGACCCCGGCUACCAGCUGGAGCUCCACAUAGAGUGGCUGCUACCGGAAUGCCGUGACAGGCUGGUGGUUUACGACUCCCUCACCCCCUCAGAUCAUCGUCUAAUUACAUCGGUGUACGGCUGCAGCAGACACGAGGAUGUGGUGCGCGUCCUCUCUUCAGGCGAGUGGAUGACCGUGGUUUGGAAACAAGGUCUUUACAACUACAAAGACCCCUUUUCCUUGUCUGCACAAGCCUGGCCCCAACAGGAUUGCUACUCCUUUGUACAAUUGAAAGAAGUACCAGGGGCCCAGGGGACUCUACGGACACCUUUCUUUCCCAGCUUCUUCCCACCCAACACCAACUGUACCUGGACUUUUGUUAUGCCCAGUGCUGAAAUGGGCUUGGCUCUAGAGUUCGAAGGCUAUGAGCUGAGGAGAGCCAGCUACAAUCACGCCUGCACCCAGGGUCAGUGGAUCAUCCAGAACCGCAGGUUGUGUGGUACAAGAGUACUGCAGCCCUAUUGCGAACGCCUCCUGCUGCUCACAAACUCAACCACUGUUGUUAUGACAUCUGAGGUGUCACUGACUGGGCCAGGCCUCCAGCUUCGCUACAGCAUCUUCAACAUUUCUGACCCUUGCCCAGGUCAGUUCCUGUGCACUCCGAAUGGCCUCUGUGUCCCCCUGUGUGAUGGAAUCAAGGACUGUCCCAAUGGACUGGAUGAGAGAAACUGUGUGUGUGUGGCACAGUACAAGUGCCCCGAGGACAGUCAGUGUGUCGACUACUAUAAAGUGUGCGACCAAUAUCCAGACUGCCCCGAGGCCUCAGACGAGAUGAACUGUACUGAUGGUGUGGAGUGUACAGACAUGACCUACAUCUGUUCUGAUGGAACGUGCCUGAAGAAACCAAACCCAGAGUGUGACUCUGUGACCGACUGCCCCGAUGCCUCAGACGAGAACCAAUGUGACUGUGGCUUAAGACAGUUCUCCAGCCGCAUCGUAGGGGGCACCGAAGCAUCAGAGGGGGAGUGGCCCUGGCAGGCCAGUCUGCAGGUGCGGGGCACCCACAUCUGUGGAGGAGCACUGAUCUCCAGUCAGUGGGUAGCGUCUGCCGCCCACUGCUUCUAUGAUGACCGUCUGUAUUCCCCCUCAGUGUGGACAGUGUAUCUGGGUAAACUGCUGCUGAACCGCAGCAGCCCCACGGAAGAGGUGGCUCGAGUUCAACAAAUACACCUCCACCAGUACUACGACGAUGAGUCUCAUGACUAUGACCUGGCCUUAUUGAAACUGGACCGGCCUGCAUACGCGUUGCUAACUGGGCACGCUCGCCCUGCCUGUCUGCCACCGCCCACCCACCAGCUGGAACCCGGCCUGCUCUGCUGGGUCACCGGCUGGGGAGCACAGCAGGAGGGAGGCAGGGCCAGUAAUAUGCUGCAGAAGGUGGACGUUCGACUCGUCAGCGAGGAAGCCUGCAUUCGCUCUUACGGCUACAGAGUCACUCCCAGAAUGCUUUGUGCCGGUUAUCGUAGUGGAGGGAAAGACGCCUGUCAGGGAGACUCUGGCGGGCCCUUGGUUUGCCAGGAGCCAUCAGGGCGCUGGUUCCUGGCCGGAGUGGUGAGCUGGGGCGCUGGCUGCGGCCGCCCAGACUUCUACGGUGUCUACACACGCAUCACGAGACUCACUGAAUGGAUCAAGAAGGUCAUCAACAGCCCAUAAAUCAACAAACACCCGUCAAACUAUGACUUGAAACGCUGAUAGAUUAAUUCUGGCACAUCAGCAAAGCUUUUAGUUAAAAUGAUACAGACUUUGUUUGAAAGUCAUCAAGUAAUAGAGUGCAUGUCAUUAUUUAUGAGGCACCUUUUAAAGAUAAUUUGAUCAAUUUAAGAAUUGUAUCUCCGUUAUUCUUUAAUUGUGUCCUCUGAUAAAAAUUGUUUGUUCUUUUUCCUUUAAAAUCUGUAUUUGAAUGGCUUGCUUGAAAUGAACAAUAAAACGCAAGUUUAUUGCAACGUGAACACAUGAAUUUGGUUGCAUAUGCAUACACAGCGCGUUUGAAUGCAUUUGGAUUUGUAGUUUAACAGAAGACGCAAUAAUUUUUUACAUGUCUAUUAUCUGCCCUCAGAUCAAAGCGCCAUCUUGUCUUCCUCCCUUAAAAAUGCUGCAGUUAUCAGUCAGGUCUCAAGACAAAUGCAGUUUAGCCACUAAGUUUUGUUCUGUAAUAUAAGCGAUGUGGGUUCAUGGUCAACAUUACCUGUUGGGGUCCACAAUAAAAUGUAAUCUGUGAAUUUCAGCCAA